AUGGUGUGCGGGGGCUUCGCCUGCUCCAAGAACUGCCUCUGCGCCCUCAACCUGCUCUACACGCUGGUAAGCCUGCUGCUGAUUGGAAUUGCAGCAUGGGGAAUUGGCUUCGGCCUCAUCUCUAGUUUCAGAGUUGUCGGAGUGGCAAUUGCAGUAGGCAUCUUCCUCUUCCUCAUUGCCCUAGUCGGAUUGAUUGGUGCAGUGAAACAUCAUCAAGUAUUGCUGUUCUUUUACAUGAUUAUCCUUUUGCUAGUCUUUAUUGUCCAGUUUUCUGUCUCCUGUGCCUGUUUGGCACUAAACAAGGAACAGCAGAGUCAACUUCUAGAGGUGGGAUGGAAUAAUACUAACAGCGCAAGAACAGAUAUUGAGAGAAAUCUGAAUUGUUGUGGAUUCAGAGUCUUUGAUCCGAAUGAAACCUGCUCCUCUAAUUGCUUUAGAAGUCACCAGUGUCAACCAUGUGCACCGAUAAUAGAAGAGUAUUCUGAAAUGGUGCUCAGAUUUGUUGGAGGCAUAGGACUCUUUUUCAGUUUCACAGAGAUCCUGGGAGUCUGGCUGACCUAUAGGUACAGGAACCAAAAGGAUCCCCGUGCAAACCCCAGUGCAUUUCUUUGAUAAGUUUAUAAAAGACUGAAUCUUCUCUCUGCACCCUCUACUUCAAAAUACUAGACCCAUAGUUUGACACUUCCCUGUAAUAAGCAUUCUCCAUGUACCCAAAAGAAAACCUUUUCCAUAAGAAGUUUGCGGUUUUUAUCUUUAAAUUCCCACUGUUUUUCUUAAAAAUCUCUAUUUUGAAGUAGAUCGGAGUAUUCAGUAGCUGGGCAGAGUCAGAAUAAUUCUGUUCUGACUUCAGUAGUUGGUGUGGUGAACUCUGUUCAGUGAGUUUUGUAGCACUACUGGCUUCUCUGCUGUCCAAAAAACCAGAAAGUAUUUUCUGCUGUAUUCACUGAUUACAAAAAUUCACCUAAUUUCUCAUUAAAAUGAUAAAAAUUACGUGGUGGGUGUGUUAAGCUGUAUGAUUUUAAGAUUUAUGAUGAGUUCUAGUCAACUUUUUUGUCUUAGUAAUGUUCUCCCAUU